ACGGUUGCGCUUCCCCGCUUCUAUAAGUACCCCACCACACUCUCAACCCAAACCCCACGCCAUUUUCGUUAUCCAGAAACUCUAAUUUCUCUCUCCUAGGGUUUCGAUUCUCUUCUUUCUUUCUCUACAAUCUUCGUUUUCUCUUCUCUCUUUUUAGCCUUCCAUGGCUCAACAGGAGGUCCAGAACGGAGGAGGUGUCGAGAAGGACGCAGCAGCACCUGCCGUAUCUACCGUCACUUUCACGGCCGUGAAGCCUCAGAUAUCAGUUGAGGCACCUAAGGCUAAUGACGCCGUACAGUUUUACAAGGCUGCGUUUGGAGCUGAGGAGGUUGGCCGGACCAUGCACUCUAAGCGUAAGGCCGAGCAAGAGACGCCACUCAUUCUCUCUGCUGAGCUCUCGCUUGCUGGCUCUACUGUUCUCGUCUCUGAUCUCGUCGCAGACUCGGCUGCUCCUGUCAAGUCAGAGGGAUCUGGUGGUGUUGUGCUUUGCCUAGAGACUGAGGAUGUCGCUGCUGCCAUAGCCAAGGCCGUGAGCGCCGGAGCCGUAGCUGAGGGGGAAGUCGUCGAAGGUGAAGGCGCGUGUUGCGGUGGGAGCGUGGGGAAGGUCACUGACCCGUACGGAUUCUCCUGGCUCAUCUGUUCUCCAGUCAAGAAGUGCGCUACCGUGGAAGCUUAAAGGCCGUUAGAUCUAAUCAGAUUUAGACUUUUUUUUUACUGUGUAUUUUCUUCACUUUUUUUUCCCUAAGCUUUUGUAGCGAGUGAAGAUGUGGGCCCCUUCAUAUCAUGAAAUGGUUACUCUCUUACAUGUCAGUACUUGGUUUAAUCAUAGGGACUCGGUUUUAGGCCUAAAUAUUUUAGUAUUUUGAUACGGUAAUGAUAUUUGAUCAUCUGUCGUUGAUUUUGAAUUAGACAAACUAAUCAUGCGCCUCUUUUAACCGACA